AUGGCAAAAAUUACUCUGUAUAACGUCUUUAUCGGCAUGAUCGUUUCCAUUGGCACGUUCGGGUAUGGAUUUGGGUUUGGAGUAUUCAUCGACGGCAUCGGCCAACCCGGCUUUUACAAGGACUUCAAUCUUGAUCCAAUAAGCCAGUAUACUGCAAGCGUCUUGGGCACCGUCAAUGCCCUCUUUGCAGCCGGGGCUGCCUUUGGUUCCCUCUUCUAG